AUGCCCCGGAACGUCUUCUCCGUCCCCAUCUUCUUCAUCGUCUUUCGCGAGACCCUCGAGGCCGCCAUCAUCGUCUCGGUCCUCCUCGGUCUCGUCGAACAGAUCGUCCAUGAGGACCCGAGCCUGAUCCCCGGCGCUGUCCCCCCCGCCGUCGGCACCCUCACCCCCGAGGGCGAGAACGAGAAGCGGAACAGCGCCGACAAUGGCUCCAACAGCGCCGAGCUCCCCCAGCUUUCAGCGGGCGAGACCGCGCAGGCGGAUCACAAGCGGCUCCUCCGCAAGAUGCGGAUCUACAUCUUCUCGGGCGCAUUCCUCGGUCUCUUCCUCGCACUCGCCAUCGGCGCUGCCUUCAUCGCCGUCUGGUUCACCCAGGCAAGCGACUUGUGGGCCAAGUCCGAGGAACUUUGGGAAGGUAUCUUCGAGCUCGUGGCUUCGCUUAUCAUCUUCGUCAUGGGUGUUUCCAUGCUCAAGAUGGACCGCGCUAAGGCGAAGUGGCGCGUAAAGCUCCAGCGCGCGUUCUCUGGCAAAGCUGUUGACAAGGGCGCAAAGACGGGCAAGUACGUCCUGUUCAUCCUUCCCUUGAUCACUGUGCUCCGUGAAGGUAUGGAGGCCGUCGUCUUCGUUGGCGGUGUCUCUCUCGGCCAGCCCGCAACUGCUAUCCCGAUUGCCGCCAUCGUCGGUCUCAUCUGCGGUCUCAUCUGUGGUUACCUCAUCUACGCGUUCGCUAGCAGGACCACGCUCACCAUCUUCAUGGUCGUGAUGACGAACUUCCUCCUGCUCAUCGGCGCCGGUCUCUUCUCCAAGGCCGUCUGGGCAUUCCAGACCAACGCCUUCAACCACCUGCUCGGCGCGGAUGUCGACGACGCAGGAGGUGACGGCCCCGGUUCGUACGACGUGCGCGGGAGUGUGUGGCACCUCGACUGCUGCAACCCCGAGAACAACUUCGACUCGGACGGCUGGUCGAUCUUCUCCGCGAUUUUCGGGUGGACGAACUCGGCGACGAUCGGCUCCGUGCUCUCCUACGUCUUCUACUGGAUUGCGGUUAUCGCGGUGCUCAUCGUGCUCAAGUUCCGCGAGGGCCGCACGCGCCUCUUCGGCAAGGAGAGCGCUAUGGGUCGCAAGCGUCGCGAGCGCCAGGAGGCGCGUGACGCCACCCUUCCGGCCUCGCAGUGAGCGGGUGCGCUGUAGUGUGGUAUGGUAAAAUUAUGAUUACGGUCACGGUCAUGGUGUAGACGUCCUUACGAUUUCUCA